GGGAUAUAGAAUAAUGCACUGAUGACUUAAUUUGCCAUUUACAAGGGCGUUACUGAUGUCCACAGUAGUCAGUCUCCUGCCCAUGGGCGUUAUAAAGGGUAAAGGUUAAUUAGUUAGGGAAGAAAUUUGAUCAGGGGCGGGUAGUUACAAUUUGAUACCCAGACAGGUAAUUCAAGCAUUCCCUAUUGUCACCUCAAUCCGACCUAUAUAAAUCGUCUCUGACGGACACCAGUCACCACAUAGCCUUACUCCUCUCUUUUGGAUCAACGACCGGGCAAGAACCUCAACGCGGAUUAAAAUGUCGCUCUCAUCUAUCCUUUCCGCUGAUGCAAUAGACGCUGCUAUGAAGGACUGCCAAGCACCGGACUCCUUUAACUGCAAGAAGUUCUUCCAGCAGUGUGGCUUGACCAAAAAGAGUCCCGCGGAGGUGAAGAAAGUCUUCGGGAUCCUGGACAACGAUGCCAGCGGCUUCAUUGAGGAGGAGGAACUCAAAUUCUUCCUCCAGCGGUUCAACCCCGGGGCCCGUGUCCUGACUGAAAAAGAGACCAAGGCCUUCAUGUCUGCUGCUGAUGAUGACAGCGACGGCAUGAUUGGAGCAGAUGAGUUCCAGGCCAUGGUCCUAUCCUGAAUACCUGUACAACACCCUCCAUAACUCUUUCUCCUCGCCCCACUCCAGCGCUAGGAUUUAUAACUUUAGUUUUACAUCUGUCAAUCUAUUUGGAAACAUUUAUUCUUUUUUUGCAAGCCUCCGGUUCAGACUAUCUACAACUCACCGAUUUUUAUUUUUGCUUUUUACAUACGUUUUAGACAGGUCAUUAUAUUAUUGCCCAAAAUGUAUCACUUACCAAAUUACUGAGAAAAUAAAAUAAUAAAAUGCAUUCUAAAAUCUC